CAGUGGACGCAAGGAUGGCAGAGGGUGCAGUGUCUCCCAGGGACAGCUCUUGGGAAAUCACCGAGGAAUACCACAUACAUGAAGAUGUGGGCUUCGCUCUGCCAACCCCCCUGGAAAAGCUACCUGACAAAUAUAAUGCCUGGAUGGACAUUGCCAAACGUCUGCCUGAUCUGAUCAAGACGGAUCAACUUCGAGCAGAAGUUGAGAAGUUACCAAUGCUCAGCAUUGAUGACCUCCAAGGGCACAAGUCACAGCGCCUGGCACGCCUGGCUCUGGGGUACAUCACCAUGGCAUACGUGUGGAACAAAGGCGACGGAGAUGUCUGUAAGCUCUUGCCAAGAAAUAUUGCUGUUCCCUACUGCGAACUCUCUGAGAAGCUGGGACUGCCUCCUAUUCUGGUGUAUGCAGACUGUGUCUUGGCAAACUGGAAGAGAAAGGACCCGAAUGGGCCCAUGACUUACGAGAACAUGGACAUUUUGUUCUCAUUUCCUGGUGGGGACUGCGGUAAAGGAUUCUUCCUGGUUUCUCUACUGGUGGAAAUAGCAGCUGCUUCUGCAAUCAAAGUAAUUCCCACUAUAUUCAGAGCAGUGAAAUGCCAAGACCAGGAUGCUUUGAAGAAGGGACUGAAUGAAAUAGCUUCUUCCCUGAAGGAAGCCAAAACAGUGUUCGGUCAAAUCCACGAGUACGUGGACCCAAACCUAUUUUUCAACGUUCUUCGCAUAUACCUGUCUGGCUGGAAAGGCAACCCCCAGCUGUCAGAAGGGCUGCUGUAUGAGGGGGUGUGGGACACCCCAAAGAAGUUUGCAGGGGGCAGUGCGGGCCAGAGCAGCGUCUUUCAGUGUUUUGAUGUCCUGCUGGGCAUCCAGCACGAAGCUGGCAAAGGUGAAUUUAAAAUGGCAAAAGAAUCUGCUGCUGAGAUCCUCCGUGAAAUGAGGACGUACAUGCCACCGGCUCACCAGGCCUUUCUUGGCUCAUUAGAGUCAGGCCCAUCAGUCCGGGAGUUUGUCCAGUCGCAAGGUGACGCUGACCUGAGGAAAGCCUAUGAUGAGUGUGUGGCAGCGAUGGUCAACCUGCGUAGCUACCAUCUGGGAAUAGUGAGCAAGUAUAUUAUGGAACCUGCACGCCAGCAGCAGGGGCCUGGCAACAAGUCUGAAGAACCUUCGGAAAACAAAGGGACUGGAGGCACUGAUAUCAUGAAAUUCCUGAGGACUGUAAAAAAUACAACACAGAAAUUCCGGUUGAAGGACGGUUAAUGUAACCCAAGCAAGGGUACAUUGUAUCAAAGCAAUGAAGGGUACAUUGUAUCAAAGCAAACACAUCUGGGAGGGUUCCUGCUCCUUGUAUCAGACCCUGCAUCAACAAUAUCUAAGACUUUGUCAAUGAUACACAUACACUGUAGCUGAAAUAAAAAUUAACUUUUUUCUGAUGUCUACAUUCCUUGCCAGAAAACAACACAAUUAUAGAAG